AUGCUGCAGCGCGGCACCCCGGGGCGGUCCAAGCCAGCGGAGUUCCUCAGCACGCCAGCGAGGCAAGCGAGGCGGCUGUCGCAGGGCAGCGCUCCCGGCAGCAGCCCAGCGUGGCAGGUGCAGAGUCCGACGGCUAUUGACGACCAGGUCUUUGGCCAGUUCGCUACUCCGGAGACUUUGCCACAAAAAGGAAAGCUCAGCAUGGGACCAUCGGAUAGGGAACUCUGCAGGGCCAUGACUGAGCCCAAGAGCGGGAGCCAUGGCGAUGCCUUGCAGACGUCAGAGGCAUCAGACCGCGCCACGACCAUUCAGGACUCUCCACUAGAGUCUGAAGGGCAAUCCCGGGAGGAGGAGACUGAGACGAAUGAGGCGGCGCGGCGGAGUCCCAACCGACGGGUUUCAAUAAUUUCCCAGAUCGGUGAGCUCGGCGGGGCACUGGCCCAGACCGCGGCGACAGCUGCAGCGACCACUGCGCGGCAGACGGCUGUGACCAUGACGACUUUGACGACUCUCGCCAGCGGCGUCAGCGACUACACCGACAACAUGUUUGCAGCGACCGCCUCGAAGGGCCUGUCCAAGCAUGUUCAAACGGAUGAGGCAAGCUUUAACCAGUUCCUGGACCAAGUGAUCAAAGCCCACGUGGAGGGCGGGGCCGAUCCACGACGUCGAGGAAAGGAUAAGCGCGACUUGACCGGCAUUCUCGAAGGCGAUGUGUCUGGAGGAUUCUUCCAAAGAUGUCCUCGGACACAAGCCCUUUGCUACAAGUUCUGCGUCAAAGCUGAACACUCGGUGCUUUUCGGGCUGAUUUGCUGGGCCUUCCUCCUGCUGCACUGCAUCGCACUUGUACAGGUUGCCAACAAAGCAGGGAGCGAAGAGUUCUGGUACGCUGUGUCGGAGGGCUACAUGGCUUUCUUCAUCCUCGAGUUGAUUAUUCGUAGUGCUGCGGCCCCAAACCGCUAUUUCUGGCAAUCCGGUUUCGUCGUGCUUGACAUUGUCCUUGCGCUGGCCUGUGUCGUAGAAGCAUUGCUACCAUCAAUCUCGGAUCAGUUCUCGCGAGGCCAGUUCACGCUACUGAUCCUGCAUGUUCUUCGCUUUCUCAGGGGCCUUCAGUCGUUGAACAUGCCCGAAUCGGCCAGUGCUGUAACGGCUUGCUUCGGCGGCCUGCUUCCGGUGUUCAUCUUUCUCCUCCUUGGAUGCAUUUGGAGCUUCCUCGCAAUUGUUUGGUAUCUCGUCUUCAGCAACACCCCCACCCAGCCCAUCCAAUUCAGUGACUUCGGAUCCUCUGUGCUGACCCAGUUCUAUCUUGCCUGCAAUGGAAUGGACUGGGACCGCAUUACUUCGCAACUUGCGCUGGAAGGAACUCAGACCGCCUCAGUCAUUGCACUGGCGUUUGGCAUCGUCCUUACAUCGGUUGUAUUCUUUACAGCCAAUGCGGCCAUUAUCCUGUUUCACGAGCUUGCUGACAAGGGGAUUGCGGAAUACCGCGAGUACAAUCGGUCCAAGCAGAUGAGGAGGAGGCUGCUGGGCCUCCACCGGUUUGAGCAUUCGUUGAAAGCUGCUGCAUGCCGAAAUGGUGCAGCAACAGACGACUCUUGGGCUGAGUGGCUGAUGCAAUCCCGGAGCAGGCUUGAGAGUACCCUCCAGGAGCUUCAGAACAACGAGCUCCGAUAUCUGAGCCUGUCAGUGACUGAAAUCCUCCAGCUCUACGAUCACUUGUUCGAGGUCAACCACGGAGAUUGCAGAGUUUCAGAGCUGCUUUUCGGGAUCCUUCGCAUGAUCAGCCCGGCGGAGGUGGCCGAGUUUCUGCAGGUGGACCACUUGCAGAAGCAGUGCACACAGGUCGCCGAGGCCGCAGCGAUCAAGAUCGAGCGGGAGGUCGAAACCAGCCGACAGCAUCUUGAUGUGAUGGAACAAAGUGUCUCGAGACUUCAGAAGCAGCUCCAGAAGCUGCGAUCCCAAGCAGGUACAGCGAAGCAGGAGCUGAAAGGAAUGGUUUCGGAGGUCGAGCAGCAGUACCAGGAUUGCAUUGAUAGUGUCAACCAGGCAGCAUCCAUACGACGGCUCCACCUCCAGCUCACGCACAAGAACUCCCGCCAGGAGGUCUUCAACCAGGUCCACGAUGCACAGAGGUCUCUGUCACAGCUCUACUACUUCAACCACUACUCCACUGCCUUCGGCUUCCCUCCGCUGGGAUCCGAAGCUUGGGCUAAGGCAGCCGAGGACUCCAAACGCGCCUUCGGCGACUCCUGGCACUUCGAGAAAACGACCCGACUUCUGCAAGCCGAGGUCAAGAAACGUGUCGAGACCAGGUUGAAGCAGUACCUAAAGUUGCGCACAGACCCCGUGCGCACCACGCAGCGGGGCAGCCCUGCUGCCAUACUCUUUUCCACACCGGGGUCGGGAGGUGUGACGCCAUGCAAGCCCAUCUCCACGCCGUCCAGACUUAUUGACAUUAGAACUCCCUUGAGACCAUGCUCGAGGCAACGAAGCAAGGAGUUUCAGGACGAUGUGCGAGUUGCCCUCGAAGAGCAGUCGGCAGAGCUUCUACGUGUAGCACUGCAGCGGCGACACGCGUGUCCCCGCGAUCACGCCCUGCAUGAAGCAGUUCGCCAGGCAGGUUUCGACCGAAGCCUAAUGAUCGACAUCUCAGACGACUUAGUCGGCAGUGGCUUAUGCGUGUGGAACGUGGAUUAUCGGUCCGUUGGCUCUGGUGGCGGCUAUCCGAGCACCCUGGAAGACGUGGCCUCCGCCUUCAACUGGCUCGGUAGCGAUGCCGCUGUCUCACUGGGGGUUCACCCAAAUCUCCCGGUAGGAAUAGUCGGGCACUCCGCAGGGGGCCAUUUAGCAGCCUGGCUGGCCAUCCAGGGCCUUCUGGACCACUCCGACUUCACUGUGUCGGGUGACAUCAAACCACGCAUCGUGGUCGCGCAAGCGGGUGUUCUAGAUCUGAAGGGAGCUUAUGAGGCGAAUCUCGGCAGAAGCGCCGUCCGCGACUUCAUGGGCACACCGCCAGCAUCCGCAGCUUCUCGCAUGUUGGCUGCUUCCAACGGUGCUGUGUUGGACGUCGUUGCAAGCCCGGCAGAGGAUGCUGAGCUGCGUUACUCGAGGGCCGAUCCGACAGAGCUUUUGAGAAAGGUCUCUGCUGAACGGCUGGCAUCUGGCGCGCCCCUCUUUGCACUUGUCCAUGGUCAGGGCGAUGACAUAGUACCAACUGCUCAAAGUGCGGCCUUUCAAUCGGCGCUGCGACAGUGCAGUGGUUCAGAUCAGUGUAUUUGCAACCUAAUCCGUGGAGAGGGUCACUUCGAGCAUUUGCGCCGAAUUCACUUGCAGGGCAACUGUGCUGCAACGCGGCUCCUCCUGCAAAACAUGGCUGAACCCAACGAGCGUUGUCGAGCAUUGGAGCGGGGCUGCGAGCUCCCAUUGCAGCUUGCGCUCUCCUCCAACCUUGUACGCGCAAGCGAGCGGCAGCAGAUGGUGGAGCUCCUUCUUCAAGCACGAGCCGAUCCGGAGCUUCGGCGCAGCGAUGCUGAGGGCAGCCCACCCCUUCAUGAUGCAGUGCGUCUAGCAGAUGCUGGGAUCGUGGAGCUUCUUCUCAGGCAUCGAGCGGAUCCGAACUCCCGAAAUUCCUUCUCCGAGGCACCUUUGGAUCUGGCGCUAAGAGGAAGCCGUUUCUUGGGCGUGGAUCUGUCCUUGAGCCUGGUGGAGGUCCUCUUGAAGUGGGGCGCAUGUCCCACAGGGUUAAGUGGGGAAGCCACUUGCCAACGAACUGAAGGAGUGAAGAUGCACGAAGGUUCUCCAGUAGGUGAUGAUGCGGCGCUGGUGCCUGAAAUCCAAAUCUUGCUGUCCAAGUGGACGGCUUGGUGGUCGGCUCAGCUCCGAACUUCGUCGCAGACACUUCCUCGCACCCUGGCAUCACAGGUGGCGGCUCCGAAUGCUCGCCUGGAUACGCUCCAGAGGCUCGGGAUCCAGCUGACGGAAAAGAAGGAGACGAGGCCGAGGACGCCCUCCGUCGUCUUCGGAGAGAUCGAGGAGAUGUUGGCCCAGGAGAAGAUCUCUUGGAGCAGCAAGGAGCGAAGAGUCUUGCUCGCCGACCAAAUGGCCAACACGCUGGAUGUGGCCUCGAGAGGGGCAAAGGCGGCAGCAAAGCUGAAUCAACCGGCUCCAGAGGUGGAGAUUGUCAUUCCCAAAGAACCAGAAGAAGUUUUUGAGAACCUCGAUUCUUUUGUUCCCGACUCUGUCCCGAGGAAACUUGCAGAAGCGUUGGAUGAAUGUUCUGUGAACAUGGCCAACCUUUUGGAGGAGGUGGCCAAAACGGAUUCGAUGCUGCAGCGGGACCUGGAGUCAGAGUUCUGGCAGGAGGACGAGAAGGUCGUCGAGGAGACACCUGCGGAGGUCGUCGCCAGAGAUCCGGGGCCAGCUCUGCUGGCUGCUCGGGAGGUGCCGGCCCUCUUCAAUGACAUCGAAGCUCAUCUUCCUAGAUCAAAGCGGAAAGCCUACGAGACGCUUCGGUCUGCUGGUGCUGUGGACCUCCACCGCUACCUCGAGGAGAACUUCGAGGGAGCUUUGGAACGUCGAGAUGACGGCAUGCAGUGGGUGCACCGGGUGAUGCACCGGAAGGACAGAGUUCCUGGUCAGUCUGUCUGGACCAAGAAAGCGCUGCAGCUUCUGGACUCUGAGCGCUUCGAGAGGCGGCUGGAGCUUGGUCUCGGCGCGGUCGUCGGGGAAGGCGAAGCCCCGUCCAAGGGACAAAAAGUGAAAGUGCAUUACACGGGCAAGCUGGAGAACGGACAGGUUUUUGAUUCGUCCAUUCCAAGGGGCGAGCCCUUGGACUUUAAUGUCGGCAAGGGUCAGGUAAUUGCUGGUUGGGAUGAAGGCAUCUUGACGAUGAGGGUGGGUGGAAAGAGGGAGCUGAAGAUUCCACCAAAGCUGGGCUACGGAAGCCGAGGCAUAGGCCCGAUCCCAGGCAAUGCCACGCUCUACUUUGAGUGCGAGCUCGUCGGACUCGGCUCCUGA